AUGCCUGCCAGCCAGCCAUUUCAAGUGGCAAACUUGACCAUCGAAAAACCAACCAUCGGCCACAAUGGCUAUGUUGGCCAUGGGCAUCGGAUUGAGACUUUACCAAAAGGUUGGAACGGAUUCAACUCACGUCCAUUGUCUGAAGACUUGAUCGCAGAACAUGAUCUGGGCAUCAAGGUCCGCGAUGGCUGUACUCUGUACUGCGACAUCUAUCGGCCCGCCAAUGCCCCUGGAAAGAUCCCCGCCAUUGUUUGCUGGAGCCCAUUUGGCAAGAAGCACAAUGGCAUCGGCAUGAUGAAAAAGGUCCGCUGGGGUGUUGGCGUUCCUGACGGCUGUCUGAGCGGUCUCGAACGCUUCGAGGGCCCCGAUCCGGCAGAAUACUGUCCUCGCGGCUUCGCUAUCAUCAAUGUGGAUGCGCGCGGCGCCGGUCACUCCGACGGCAGUAUUGUCAUCAUGGGCCAGCAGGAGGGCGAGGAUGGCCAUGACGUGAUUGAAGCGUUGGCCAAGAUGGAUUGGUGCAAUGGCAACGUCGGCCUGGCCGGAAACUCGCAUCUGGGUAUCGUGCAGUGGUUUAUCGCGGCGACACGACCGCCGUCUCUAAAAGCCAUUGCGCCCUGGGAAGCAUGUGGAGACUUGUACCGUGAGCAAUUCGUCCGCGGCGGGGCUUGGGAUAACGGACUGUUUGAUCUCAUUACCAAGCAAGUCAUCCGUGGCCACAAUGGCUGUGAGGACUUUAGGGAAAUGUAUCGUCGAUGCCAGACGAUGAAUCCGUACUGGGCAGACAAACGUGCAAACAUUAAGAACAUCUCCAUACCCACCUAUGUGGUCGCUUCGUAUUCCACCUUUGUCCACACAAUGGGUUCCAUUCGUGGUUGGCUCGAGGUGCAAACGGAUGAGAAAUGGCUCAGAUGGGACCCGUAUCAAGAAUGGUACGAUCUCUGGGUCGUCAAAGAAUCCAUAGACGAACUCGCACAAUUCUUCGACUUUUAUCUCAACGGCAACACCAAAAACGGCUGGGACGCAACACCAAAGGUUAGAAUGAGCUCACUACGUUUCGGUGACCAGGAGCCCAUCUAUCCCAUAUCAGUCGAGGACUUUCCAGUCCCCAAAACUGAGUACCGCGAAAUGUUCUUCUCUGGGGGUGACACACUGCAAGAUGCUCCACCGACUACAGAAACAGGGCUAUCUUAUAAUUUCGAGGCAGUUGACGGUCAAGAAGCCGAUUUCGUGGGUUUCAAGCACACCUUUGCAACCAGAACCCGCCUCAUGGGCCUACCAAAAGCCGUGCUUUACAUGUCUUGCGAUGACCUGGACGACAUGAUAGUCUACGUGCUGAUCCGAAAGCUUGAUCGUGACGGAAACGUCAUGAUGAACCUCAAUAUUCCUUGGGAGGCUGCACCAUACUCAAAGAUGUCAGAAAUUCCCAAGGAAGAGAUGAGUAAUCUGAUCCUCUACUUUGGUCCUCUUGGAAUUCUCCGAGCGAGUCAUAGGGAGAUUGAUUCUUCCAUGUCGAUCCACGAGCAAUAUCCUUUUCACACGCACUCCAACGUACAAAAAGUGGCCCCAGGACAGAUUGUAGAGUUGGAAAUUGGCUUGUGGGCCAUGGGCAUUGACUUUGAGGAGGGCGAGAGUUUGAGGGUUCAGGUGUCCGGACAAUACCCCCUCAUCCCAGAGUACAAGCAAGCCCGGCCGGCUCCAGCCGAGACAUCGAACAAGGGGCACCACAAAGUGCAUGUUGGUGGCAGGUACCCCAGUAGGAUAAUUCUGCCAUUUGUAGAUAUUUGA